AGGCUCUUUAUGAACAAUGGGAGCGAUCAAAUCGCCUUAGUCUGAUGUUCAUAAAGACCAAAAUCUCUUAUGGUAUUCGUGGUUCUGUGGAUCAACAUGGACAAUGUCAAGGCAUUACUGAAAGCUAUUGAUGAACAAUUUGUGACUUCAGAUAAGGCACUUGCUAGCACCCUAAUAAUGAAGUUUUCAUCUUUAAGGCUCACCAAUGUGAGUGGUGUGCGAUAGCACAUAAUGCAAAUGAGGGAUAUUGCGGCACAAUUGAAAAUACUUGAGGUUGAAAUGUCUGACUCCUUCCUUGUGCACUUCAUUUUAAACACUCUUCCACAACAAUAUGGACCCUUCAAAAUCUCCUACGACACACACAAAGAUAAGUGGUCAAUUAAUGAGCUUUUGACCAUGUGUGUUCAAGAGGAGGGAAGGUUGAAAAUGGAAUUGGGUGAGAAUGCAUUAAUGACAAUGGAAGGAAAUGAUCAAAAUCAGGCCAAAAAGAAAGGGAAAAGUAAAAUACCACCCCAAGGUGGAAUCAAGAAGGUCAAUAAGUGCUUCUUCUGCAAGAAGAAGGGGCACAUGAAAAAGGGUUACACCAAAUUCCAGAAAUGGCUUGAGAAGAAAGGGUAUGCAAAACCUAAGGAAGCCAAUGCCAAGUGAGCAAUACAUUUAUUCAGGAAACAAGAUGCGUUCACAUGUGGAGGUUGUUGGAACAUGCAGUUUAUUUUUAAGUAGUGGUUUUAUUUUAAAUUUAGAAAAGACAUUUUAUGUUCCAAGUUUCUUUAGGAAUUUGAUUUCAGUUUCAAGAAUUGUACCUUUGGGUUAUUCCUUUAGUUUUUAUGAGACAUCUUUCAGUUUGUUUUAUAAAUCUAAUCUUGUUGGAGAUGGUACAUUGUCUAA